GUAUAAAGAUCUUAGAACGCAUGCUUCCCAUGUCAAACGUGAUUGGACCGGUUGCGACCUUGCGUUUGAAAAAGUGGGGAAGUGCACAAAUGCGUGUUUACUUCCCGCGUGCCAGGAAGGAUCGAGUGGAUAAUAAAAAGCAUGUUUGUCGCGCGCAGCAUUGCAGCCGAUCACAAAGAUCUGAUUCACGAUGUUUCGUAUGAUUUUCACGGGCGGAGAAUGGCAACGUGCUCCAGCGACCAAAGCAUUAAGGUGUGGGACAAGGGUGAUAAUGGAGAAUGGAACUGCACGGCCAGCUGGAAAACUCACAGUGGCUCAGUUUGGCGAGUGACCUGGGCCCAUCCAGAGUUUGGACAGGUGUUGGCAUCCUGCUCCUUUGACCGUACUGCCAUAGUAUGGGAGGAGAUUGUUGGAGAGUCCAAUGACAAACAACGAGGGCAAAGCCACUGGAUAAAGAGAACCACACUUGUGGACAGUCGGACAUCUGUGACCGAUGUGAAGUUUGCCCCGAAGCACAUGGGAUUGAUGCUGACCACAUGUUCUGCAGACGGCGUGGUGCGAAUCUACGAGGCCCCUGACGUGAUGAACCUCAGCCAAUGGUCCCUGCAGCACGAGAUCUCGUCCAAACUCUCCUGCUCCUGCAUCUCGUGGAACCCUUCCAGUUCUCGAGCUCACGCUCCUAUGAUUGCAGUGGGCAGUGAUGACAGCAAUGUGACGUAUGGCGGCAAGGUUCAGAUUUACGAGUAUAAUGAAGUGACAAGGAAAUAUGCCAAAGCGGAGACACUGAUGACGGUUACAGAUGCGGUACAUGAUAUUGCAUUUGCUCCAAAUCUGGGCCGGUCUUUCCACGUACUUGCUAUUGCCACCAAAGAUGUUCGCAUCUUCAAACUGGUUCCACUUCGAAAGGACAGCUCCUCAUCAGCGCCCACUAAAUUCGAAGUGCAGGUGCUGGCCCAGUUUGACAGUCAUAACUCUCAGGUGUGGCGCGUCAGCUGGAACAUCACUAGUACAAUUCUGGCCUCCUCUGGUGACGAUGGCUGUGUGAGACUCUGGAAAGCAAACUACAUGGACAAUUGGAAAUGCACAGGUAUUCUGAAGGGAGAUGGCAGUCCAGUAUAUGGGUCAUCUGGUCAGCCUGGUGCUCUGAGUGGCGUCCUGGGCUCUGCUGCUGCACAGAGUGCUCUAAACGGGGCCACUGGAAGAUAGAUGCCAUUCUACAGGACCACCCUGAGCAAAUCUGGAGCUGAGCACUUCUAUGCUGUGGGAUUUCACACUGAGACCAACUGAUUGUGCUUGCUGGACAUGCAACAAGACUGGCACUUAACAUGGGUCCAUUAUUGAACUGCCUUCAAGGAAUAAUCUUUAAGUUACGUUUCUUUAUAUCUGUACUCUUAUGUUUUACUCUGAAUGCAGAUUGAAUGGCUUUCAGAAUUAAUGUUGUAAUGAGUCAUAUUUGAAUGGAUGCAAAUGCCUUGAUCACAAAAGGGACUGUCUUUCUAUAAAGGACUAUACAUUUUAUUUCUAUUUCUAUUCUAUUUUGUCACAUUCAUCAACAUGAUUAUUGGAAAAAAUAUAUGCUGUCAUUGUAACACUGCAAAAUUUUGGUCUAAUUGAAUCACUCUCUUGUGUUAUUGAACCAGAACAAUAAAGGUCAUAGUUUAUGCCGCUGGUAUAUAUAAAGUA